ACAUGAUAAGAAGACGUUUAGAAGAUAAUAAGCAGAGAAGAAAAAGAAGAAGAACAGGAGAAAUAGAAGAAAUAGAAGAAAUAGAAGAAGAGGAGAAAUAGAAGAAGAAGAAGGAAUAUGCACCAAUAUUUAACGACCCUUCCACAGAGUGUGAUGGAAAUCCAUCCGUCAGUUUUUGCAUCAUCUUUUUUUACAAACAAGCAGAAAUACUAACCCAACUAACCAAUAAACGGGUCGAUGAGAAAAAACAACCCCCCCUAGGUGGAGGCAACGAUAAAAUAAAAUAACAAAAUAGAUAAAUAAAGGAUAAAUUGUGUCUCUGGAACGUUUUGUUGAUGACAUCCCUUUCGUCCAUUUAGAUGUGUCUGAGAGAAAAGCCAAGAUUCACACUGAAACCUCAGGGUCAUCGAAGCCAGUGGAUGUUCUCAACAUUCAUAAUCGUAAACCUUUUAAUAAUGUGCUCUUUGCCUUUCGCUGUGUCGGUACACAUUACCACACUCAGUAAUGGCCUUCUGCUUAUAUCCAUGUUGUGACCUGCUCUCAAUUCAGAUGUUGCUAAUGUUCUGCCGUGUUGUAACCUGUGUUUUGAACAGCGUAGGAACAGACAGGCGAUGGGGGAGCACCACAGUGGCUCGGCUGGAGUCACACAGCCGUCUGUGUCGGGCGAGCAGAUGGAGGGACACAUUUACGAGGUUGCGGUGCAGAGCAACUCCACAAAUCACACCUCCCAGUUUGCAGAUGUGGCCCUGCUGCAGAAGUUCAAGUCCCUCAUUAUCCCCUGCUACGUGCUGGUGGUGGUGGUGGGCGUCUUCGGCAAUUACCUGCUGCUCUAUGUCAUCUGCCGAACCCGAAAGAUGCACAGUGUCACCAACUUCUUCAUCGCCAACCUGGCCUUCUCCGACAUGCUCAUGUGUGUGACUUGUGUCCCCUUCACCCUCGCCUACGCCUUCAAUCCACACGGCUGGGUGUUUGGCCGCUCGAUGUGUUACCUGGUGUUCCUCGUCCAACCGGUCACGGUCUACGUGUCAGUCUUCACGCUCACAGCCAUCGCGGUGGACAGAUAUUACGCAACCGUCCAUCCCCUGAAGAAGCGCACCUCAGUGGCCACUUGUGCCUAUGUCCUCACUGGCCUCUGGCUGCUGUCCUGCGGGCUGGUGGCUCCGGCAGUGGCCCACACCUACCACGUCGAGUUCAAGGAGGAAGGCUUCACCAUCUGUGAGGAGUUCUGGUUGGGACAAGAGAAGGAAAGACGCGCCUAUGCGUACAGCACCCUGCUGGUCACAUAUGUCCUUCCGCUGUCGGCCGUCUUCAUCUCGUAUCUCUGCAUCACUGUCAAACUGAGGAACUGCGUUGCACCGGGCCACAGGACACAGGGCCAGGCAGGCGCUCAGCAGGCUCGUAAGAGGAAGAUCUUUCGCCUGGUCGCCCUCCUGGUGUCUGCCUUCGCCGUGUGCUGGCUCCCGAUUCACGUGUUCAACGUGCUGCGAGACGUCGACAUUCACCUCAUUAACAAGCGCUACUUUUUACUCAUACAACUGCUGUGCCACCUGUGCGCCAUGAGCUCCUCUUGUUGUAACCCUUUCCUCUACGCAUGGCUACACGACCGCUUCCGCACGGAGCUGCGGAAGAUGUUCGAGUGCCGCCACCGUAUCGGAGUGCCCGCCAAUCACUGUGCCGCCAGUGUGGUCUAGUAAUCGAUUGCUGAAAAUGUCGGAGCGGUAAAUAAUUAAUGGGGUUCAUCCUGUCAGUGCAUUGAUUAUUAUUACGUUGUCUACCAAGGCGAUGUUUUGGGCCGGGGUGGCUCUUGAAGGAAGGCCACUUUUCUGGGGAGUGUGAAAGUGUUCAGUCAAUUUCAGUAGACAACUAAAAUGACUAAGAAGAAAUUUGACCCUCAACAGAAGAAAUCAAAGGAUUGUUUAUCCUCUGUGGGCCAUGAAUGACUCAAAAUAUCGACACCGUCCAGAUCCAAUUGUAUACAAAAAGUUGUUUAUUUGCCACAAGGUUGCUGCUAUAGGAGAAAUCCCAUACAUUGCAUAACCUGCUAAGGGUUCAUCCUCUGGAAAUCAUGAUUGUGCCAAGUCAAUUUCAUGACUAACUAAAAUGUGAACUUCGAGAUUUCUUCUACAAAAAUUGUCAUAGGGUCACUACUGUAAAUGAAAGUCCAACGGGCGGCUAGUACCAUUAUAACCUAUUCUGUUGUAGGCAUGAAUCACAGCAGCAGAUUCUAUAGAAAUCUGGUCAUUAGCUGAUAAGAUAACUUGUCCUGGACUAUGGUGUUGGGUAUUAAGAUAAUUUCCAAUAAUGGUGUCAGAGGUCACCAACAUCAGGAUGGGAAAAAGGCCCACAAAGGUGUUUGGGAUCAUCCUCUGGAAACCACGACUGUCCACACCAAACUUCAAGGAGGGUCAACCCUGGGCCAAACUUGGGAUGACCCUUUGGUCCAUCAAUAGAGAUCCAUGUUCAUCAUAUGUUUCUCUCCUGGGAAAACGUUGGUGAUGUAAAGGCUUCAAAUAUCUAAGAUAGCUUUUUCAAUAUUUGAUGUGACACAUUGUAAUGUAUAUUUAGGCUUCUGGUCAUGUAACGUUUUGUUUAUGGAAUGAUCUGUUAGAACGAGUUACUGUCCUCUCGAGGGGAUUCAUCUUUAUGCUCACCAACGGACGAGGAUUCAAAUCUAAAAUUACCUAGAAAUGCCAGAUAAGGCUCGAGCGCGAUGAACAUAGUUAAGCUGAAUAUAUGAAAAGCAAAUGAGACCCUGCGUUCAGAUCUUGUUUGGAGUGGUCACAGCAGAUGAGUUUGUUUCUCACCAGGGCACUGGUGUCAGAUCUAAUAAUGUGGUUGCUCUGCCUUUAGAGACCGAUGGAAUAAAUUAUCAUCAUGAACUCGUGUCCCAGGGCUCUAAUUUUCAGAAAAGCCAGCCUGGAAUAUGCACCUCGCUUUAUAAUGUAUCUAAUCAUUUCCAAUAGCUUUGUAUAUUGGCUUAUAAAAAUCGGUGUAUCGGUGUAAAAUUGAAUGUUUUAAAGUGCUGGUCUGUAUUCUCUACAUGUAUAUGUCCUUCUGACUCACAGCAGGAGUGGAGGUGGAUGGCGGGAGCUCUCUUUAUGCAUGUAUGAAUUAAACAGGGUUGAAGUGCUACGUCCACUGAAGUGAUUAAACCAUUGUCGUGAUAGUUGCUUUCUCUUUAUCAUCAUAUACUCUGCAACCCGAUGGCUUUGGGUACAUACAGCAUACAGUGCUUUUAAUAUUAGUAUAUAUUCUUUGUGACUUUACAUGCUACAAAGUUAUCUAAUGUUGGUUGUGUCACCACCCACUGUGAAUAAAAAGGGGCACACCAGAUGACCUCUCUGCUUCAAAUCAAUGUAGCUGCAUGACGACAGAAGACAGAGGGAAAUUAUGACCGAUUAUAUCUGAUAAUUAAAUAACAGGGAGGCCAGAGGUGGUCUCAGCAUCUCAACUACAGGCCUGUUUCAAACAUUCAGAGGAUUUGAUGUAUUCAUGGACGGCACGCUUCCUGUAGAUGUGUGG